CAAUUCAAGUGUUUUCCUCACUUCUCUUCCAGGCUCCAGCUCAAACAAAAUGGAAGGAAAAAAUUGUUGUUGCACCAGUUUUUAUGACAAGGCUAAACCUUACAUAGCCAUGAUAUCAUUGCAAUUUGGGUAUGCUGGAAUGAAUAUCAUUACCAAAGUUUCUCUCAACAGAGGCAUGAGCCACUAUGUUUUGGUUGUCUACAGACAUGCCUUUGCCACUGCUGUCAUUGCUCCUUUUGCCCUCAUUCUUGAAAGGAAGGUGAGACCAAAGAUCACAUUCACUAUUUUCAUGCACCUAUUUGUUCUUGCACUUCUUGGACCUGUGAUUGAUCAGAAUCUCUACUAUGCUGGGCUGAAAUUCACUUCUCCAACUUUCUCAUGUGCCAUGAGCAACAUGCUCCCGGCCAUGACAUUCGUCAUGGCAGUCAUCUGCAGGAUGGAGAAGGUGGACAUGAAGAAGGUGAGAUGCCAAGCAAAGGUGGUGGGAACACUAGUGACAGUUGGUGGAGCUAUGCUUAUGACAGUUUACAAAGGGCACGAGAUAAACAUGGUGUGGUCACACUACACUCACUCAAAUGUUCCUGCCCCAAAUCAAGAAGAUGCGGACAAGGAUUGGGUCAGGGGCUCAAUUCUUCUCAUCAUUGCCACUUUUGCUUGGGCUUCCUUCUUCAUCCUUCAGGCAAUCACAUUGAGGAAAUACACAGCCCAGCUAUCUCUCACAGCCAUUGUGUGUUUCUUGGGCACACUUCAAUCUAUUGCAGUCACAUUUGUGAUGGAACACAAACCAAAUUCUUGGACUAUUGGUUGGGACAUGAAUUUGUUAGCUGCUGCCUAUGCUGGUAUCAUAUCCUCAGGGAUAGCAUACUAUGUUCAAGGUGUGGUGAUGCAACAAAGGGGGCCUGUUUUUGUCACAGCAUUCAGUCCAUUGAUGAUGGUGAUUGUAGCCAUCAUGGGCUCUUUCAUCUUGGCUGAGAAGAUUUAUGUUGGAGGGGUUCUUGGAGCAGUCUUGAUUGUGAUUGGAUUGUAUUCUGUUUUGUGGGGAAAAUACAAAGAAUAUAAAGAGAAGGAAGCUGAGGAAUUUCUUGAGCCAAUAAAGGAUUGCACUCAAAAUGAGACCCCAAUAAUUCAUGAUAUUGAAGCAAAUCAUGAUGGAAUUCAGACCAGUCAGUCAAAAAAGAUUAAUGUCCCUGCAGCUGCAAAUACUGUGGAUACCACUAAAAUUUAACUGAAGCAACUAGAACAAAAUAUAUAAUAAAAAAUGACAUGGAUAAUACCCAUCUUUAUUUAUUUUUCUUUUCUUUAUAAUUUCUUUUCCUCCCAUUUUGAUUUGGGUUUUUGUUGUUUUGUUGUGUACUCUAAUCUGUAGUGGACUACUACUGAGGUUGUAAGAAUUUACUGAGGAGAUAUGAAAUGGUAAAUGACUCUUUUUUUUCAAAAAAAAUAAUACUAAUAUUAGUGGGAAAUUGGUGAUAGUGGUUUUCUAUAUAUGUUUCCACUUUGAAUAGACAUAUUGUAAACGUCUGAUUCAGACUCCCACUUGUGAAAUUAUUUGAAUCGGCAUGGUUUGAUUGCUUUA